AUCAGAGAUUAUUGAUGCUAACAGAGCUAUGUGUUUGCAUGCUAAUCUGUUAGCAGCUAGCUCGUCCAGCAGUCAGCCUCUGUGGAGGAAGUAUUCAGCUCCUUUAUUAAAAUACCUCAACUACACUGUAAAAAUACCUUUACAUACUUUCUUUUAUAUCCCGAAUCAGUGAGAAGACUGAGUGUAACUUAAGUACGUUAAAAUAUUAUGUUCUGUCGUGAACGGUACUUUGCUGGCAGUGUAACUAAAGUAAAAUAUCAGAUUUCAUAACGGAGUUUGGUCAAAUCAUCUCUGACACUUUAAUCUGUGAGCGGCUAUUCAACUGUGAGGUGAUGGCGCCCACACGGAUGAAGCUGCGAGUGCGUCGCCGUGACAAUCCGGCGGCAGGAGCUGCAGCAGGAGGCGGGCAGUCGGAGGGGGAGCGCAGCAGGGAGAGCAGCGGGCGCAGCAACAGGAGGAAAACCACCGCUGCCGCCGCCGCCGCUGCCUCCUCGUCUCCUCCUCCCUCCUCCUCCUCCUCGGCCUCAGCGCGGGCGGUGAUGGCGGCGGAGGAGGCGUCUCCGGACUCCAAGUGUCCGAUCUGCCUGGACCGCUUCAACAACCUGGCGUACCUGGACCGCUGCCUGCACCGCUUCUGCUUCCCGUGCAUCCAGGAGUGGUCGCACAAUAAGGCCGAGUGUCCGCUCUGCAAGCAGCCCUUCGCCUCCAUCCUGCACUCGGUCCGCGCCGAGGACGACUUCAAGGAGUACACGCUGCGCCCGCCGCCCCCCAACAGCAGCGUCGCAGCCACUGUGGCCAUGGUGGCGGCCAUGGCGUCUGCAGCGAGGAGCGACCACCAGAUGAGGCUGAUGCUGCGGAGGCACAGAGGGCCGGACGGCGAGGAGACAACCACAAGGAGGCGGCAAAGGGAGCGAGGCGGGCGGGGCCGCAGAGCGGGGGUGUGGGAGUGGUACCUGGAUUCUCCUCCUGUGGCGCUCCCUCCUCUCCCUCAUGCCGCCGCCGUCUCUCCGGUGGUGGCAGAAGACAGCGAGGAGGGCGAGGAACUGGAGGAGCAGAGGGUGAGAGGUGGGGCCGAGUUGGCGGAGCGUGGCGUGAUCUUUGAGGGGCUGACAGGACUCGGGGGGGGCGUGGUGCCCGUGGGCCCCAAUGACCGGGCGUCACGGCGGCUGAUGACCCGGCUGGUUGCAAGGCAGCGGCUGCAGCGGGAGGGCGGGACGGUGCGUCGGCUGAGGGAGCGAGAGACUGUAGCGUUCCGCCGCGCUCUCUACCGGAGUGGCAUCCGGGUCCGUGGCGUCGCCGGGAUGAACAGUAAUGAGCAGCAGCGCGACAUCACCGCAGACAGCUUCCGCCGGAGCCCCACCCACCUGAACAGGCUCCGCCCCUGGCUGCGUCGGGAGCUCACCGUGCUGUAUGGCGCCCACGGCUCACUGGUCGACAUUGUCCAGCGUAUUAUCAUGGCAAGGCUCGCCCGCCACGGCCUGGAGGACACGCCCACCAUAGAAGAAGAGCUGCGACCUUUCCUGCUGGCGCGCACCGACCAUUUCCUGCACGAGCUAGUCAGCUUCGCCCGCUCGCCGCUCAGCCUGGAGAGUUACGACCUGCAGGCGGUCUACGAGCCGCCGGCCGCCGCCAUGGAGCUUGACGGGACAAGCUCCUCCACCGACAGCAGCUCCGUCAUCGCCAUCUCAGAGGGCGAGGGGGAGGAGGGGCUGCCGGAGGGGCACUCGGAGGAGCGGCUGGUGGGGAGGCAGGGCACCGCCCAUGAUGAUGUCAUCCAAUCAGGGAGCUGCCUCAGCCUAUCAGCAUGGGACGAUGAGACGCCGGGCCCCUCCUACUCCUCUGCCGAGCCGUCGUGCUCGCUCGCCGCACCGGCCUUCAGCCCUGCCCCACAGGAGACGGGCGGCGAGGAGGCGGCAGGGGAGAAGCGUGAGGAGGAGGAGGAGUGUCUGAUCGUAGGCUACAAAAAGCCGAUGGCGGAGCGCACGCCGGAGCUGGUGCAGCUGUCCUCCGACACCGAGGAGGAGGAGGAGGAGGAGGAGAAGAAGAAGGAGGAGAACAUUGCUGAGAAACCGCCUCCGCUCCCCGCCACCACUCCCCCCCUCUCCUAUCUACCCACAAUCCCCCCUUCCACGUCCGCCGCCUUCAGCCGCGAGCAGGCCGAGGAGAAAGACAGCGAGCAGCGUUCAUGUGCACGCUCCUGGUCGGUCAGCUCAGGGAGGAACUCGGUGUGCACGCUCAGCCCAGCGACGCCCGGGGAGGGUGAGCGGCGGCGCUGGAGAGACAGGAAGUCGUGUGGCGAGGCAGCGAGGGAGAAGAGGAGGAAAAAGAAGAGGAGGAGGAGAGGGCGGGAGAGGAGCGGAGAGCGUUUGAGGAGGAGCGGUACCCUCUGCAACCCAAAUCGCUCCAUCUACCCGGCGCUGAUGCGUCAGCGUUCGCCUUCGCCGUUUCACUCCAGCGUGGACUCUGGCUCGCCGCUGCCGCCCAGCCCCCCCGACUCCAGCUGGGAGUACCCGUGCUCCCAGCUCUCCCCGCUCGCCUCCUCCGUCUCCUCGCACUCCUUCUCCUCCUCCCCGCAGCCAUCGUCUCCCACAGCGCCGGCGCCAUCGCUGUCUCCCCACCGCGGCGAGAAACCCGGCGGGAAGAGGAAGUACAAGAGCCGUCACCUGGACAGCAACGCCAAGGACCCGACCUGGAGGCCGAGCAGCAGCCGCCGCCACGGGAGGAGGAGCGAGCGGGCAGAGAAGGAGAGGAGGAGGAGGAGCAGGGACAGAGGGAGGAGACGAGAGCGGCAGAAGAGGGAUGGCGAGAGCAGCAGGAGGAGCAGAGACGAGAGGAGUCCCAGCGUGGAGAUCAUCUACGAGGGCACCAUCACCGCCAAUGACACGCAGUCCCCCGCACGCAAACGCCGCCGGAAACGCCACCGCAACACGCAACACAGCAGCUCGCCAGUCAUCAUCACCCUGGACAGCGACAGCAGCCACGACAACGUCAACAAGCACGACAUCAGCAGCAGCAGCAGUCCAAUCAGCAGCCAGCAGACCGUCGACUUCUCCGACCUCCCUGCGCUCCCAUUGGUGCACUCUGCUGGCGUGGGCGGAGCCUUGAACGCAGAAAUCGGCGAGCUUCCCGUCAACAUCCUGGACCGCGGGUCUGAUGGGUCGGAGACGGAGACGGCGGGUCCCAUCGCCAUCGACAAUAGCGACGUGGACGUGGAGGAGAGCGGCUCUCUGCCAGGGACGGACGACGAUAAAGGACCAAUGAGAACAGCCGAGAGGAAGCCAGCUGCCAAUCAGAGAGGAGGAGGAGCUGUCGACGGCAGCGCUCAGCCAGUUGCCAAAAGAGAUGCCGAGGUGUCCGACUGCCGUCUGCUCGCCACUAUCACUAACGACCUGCAGGGAAUCGCCGUGCCAAAAUGUGACGCCGAUGUGAAUGCCGAGCCGAGUCGUUCAUGGCGUUUUCAAAAUCUAGCUUCGCCUGACGAGCAACAGUCUGACGAUAUUAGAGACAAAAAUCGUGGCUUUAACUCGCGGACAUGUCGCACCUCCUUCCCACUGCCACCUCCUCACGGGCAGCUGAAGGAGGUCGGAGCGGAGGUCAAGGAUGUGCCUCCGCUCCUUAAACGGGCCAGUCCCGUGAGGUCAUACAACAGAAACACGCCGCCACCGCUAAAACACAAAGACGCUGGGAGUCCACACCUGGCGCCCGGAUCUCCCGUUGGCCUGCACUCGCCUCACGCUGCUGCUGGUGCUGGUGCUGAUUCAGCUCACAUUGACCUCCAUACAAACUCCCCUAAUGACUCUUGUUUGGAUGCUGACCUGCUGAAAGAUAAUAGCCCCAUCCCGCCCAUUUCAACGCUAAAAAGACAUUUUAUGAGCGCCAUGGCCUUGAGAGGAGAGCUGGCUCUGACCAGUAGCGUUUCAGCCAAUGACAGACCAUCUUCUUGCAAAAUAGCACCCAUUGACUCCCAGUCAACAGCUUCUUUUGAACUCAGAGAAGCAACACUCGGCAUUCAUUCCACGAGCCAUAAACCUCCCAUUGACUCUCAUUCAGCUGCGCCUUCUAAACUUGGAGCACUGAGUGUCAGCAUGCAUUCCUCAAGUCGCAAAUCUCCCAUUGACUCCCAUUUUUCUUUUGGGUCUGAAAAUAGUUCUACGAGUGCUGAUUGUGUUUCAAACAUGGACAUCAGUUCCUUUCUGUCUUCAAAGUUUAACUCUGGUCGUGACAGCACAAAGGAAACAUCAUCUUUUGCUCAUAGAUCUUCACCACCCAUUAACUUGCGUCCUGUGAAUUCUUUAUCUCCCAUUGAUUUCCAUUUGGCCAAGACUGGCUGGUUCAAAGAGAAGCCAGCUCACACUGACUCUACCUCCAGGAGAAAGACUCUGAGCCCAAAUUCCAGUCGGGCAGCAACUGUUGAUCUCCAUCCUUCUACAAGUGUUUCUGCUGAAGGCGCAGGCGGUUACAAUUUCUCAGGCGUCAACCGUAACGACACAUCACCUCCUGUUUUUGUUUCUUCAACCGUUGACUCCCAUUCCUCCAGUCAGAGAGAGAGCUUGCCACCCUGUAGAGUUAGCUCAGUGCCAACAGCUCCCAGUGACAGGUCAUCACCCAUUGAUGUGCAUCCUAGAAGCCCCAAAAUUAGCCUUGACCAUUCUUCAAGUGCAACUUCAGAUGAACUGAUGGACAUCAAUCGUAGGGAAAGAUUGCCCAUAAGUCACCCGCCACCCAUUGAGUGGCAUCAUACAAAUCCUGUGCUGCCUGCUGAUGUGCAUUCUCCUCUCUCUGUCAGCACCCUUAUGGACAAAAACUUGAACCACACAGCCUCCGCUACCUUCCAGACUUCACACAAAAAGUGCAGUUCACAGUCUAAACCAACCGUUGACUCCCACGCAAAACUCCUCCGCCUCACUGACUCCCAUUUAAAACCUUGCAACCACUUUGACCCCCGAUGCGACCCACAGCUCCCCAUUGACGCCUGCUCAAAACCCACUCUCCCCAUUGACUCUCAGCCAGAAUCUCAGCCACCGCCUAUUGACUCUCAUCCAAAAAAACCCUGGAGAGACUUUCAGCCCCCCACAGACAAUCACACCACGUCUUCCCCUCGGUCUGUCCACCACCAGUGGAGCUCCGACUCCUCCGUUGACGCCCAUUCAGACUCUCAGUCGCCCGUUGACGAGCGCUCGGCCGGCGGCGUCUGGAACACACACACGCAUUCUGCCACGUAACACACAGACACACACACCGGACUCAAGAGAUCAAUGUUUUAAAGACUUCUUGUAGAAAAUGAGAUGAAAGAACCGCUGACUUUCUUUUUUACCUGUUUUUUUGUUUCUGAGAUAAUUUGUGCUGAUUGAAGAUUUGACCUCUUUCUGACACGAAGCCGUCUGACGUGCAAAGUCCGAAUCUUUAUUUUCACACGUGACUCGUUUGGUUUAUGUGCGGCUGAUAAAUUUUGGAAACAUUCGAUAACAUUUUUACAUUUGUACAUUUGUACAUUUCUAAUUGGCAGACAAGAAUGGAGCAAUAAACCAAAUUAACCCUUUGAAACCUGAACAAAUUACCUUUUUGUAGAACACAUGGGAAAAAGAGCAACUAAAGGAGAAGGAACCCAAAAUUUGGCUAAAUAAAUAAAUAGAAAGUACAAAAAAUACUAAAACAAAUAGAAGAAAAGAAACUAA